GGGAAUAUCGGGAGAGGCGGCUGGGCUGCAGCCCCACAAAGCCGGAGGGACGCGGAGGAAGCAUCGCCCGGACCAUGGACGCCCAGAAGCACGUGGCCAACUUCGGCGCGGGACCCGCGAAGCUGCCGCUGCCGGUAUUGUUAGAAGCCCAGAAAGAGUUGGUGAAUUAUAAUGGCCUUGGCAUUAGUGUUCUUGAAAUGAGCCACAGAUCAUCUGAUUUUUCAAAAAUUGUCAAAGCAGCUGAAAAGUGCUUGCGUGAACUCUUAAAUAUACCAGACAACUACAAAGUGAUUUUUCUCCAAGGAGGUGGAUCUGGACAAUUCAGUGGUGUCCCACUUAAUCUUAUUGGGCUAAAAGAAGCCAGGUGUGCUGAUUAUGUGGUUACAGGAGCCUGGUCAGCAAAAGCAGCCAAGGAAGCAGAGAAAUAUGCCAAAGUGAACCUUGUUCAUCCUAAACUCUCUAGUUAUACAAAAAUUCCUGAUCCAAGCACUUGGAACCUUAACCCCGAUGCCUCUUAUGUCUACUAUUGUGCAAAUGAGACGGUUCAUGGUGUCGAGUUUGACUUUGUCCCUGAUGUUGGAAAGGCAGUUUUAGUGUGUGAUAUGUCGUCCAAUUUCCUCUCCAGGCCGGUGGAUGUGUCUAAGUUUGGUGUAAUCUUUGCUGGUGCCCAGAAGAAUGCAGGCUGUGCUGGAGUUACAGUGGUUAUAGUACGUGAGGACUUGAUUGGCUUUGCGCUCAAAGAGUGCCCGACAGUCUUGGACUACAAAGUGCAAGUGGAGAACAGCUCACUAUACAACACUCCUCCGUGCUUCAGUAUCUAUAUCACAGGCUUGGUCCUGGAUUGGGUAAGAAACAGUGGCGGAGCUGCAGCUAUGGAUAAGCUUAGCCAAAUGAAGUCACAGAUGAUUUAUGAUAUUAUUGAUGGAUCCAGUGGAUUCUACGUGUGUCCUGUGGAGAAGAAGAGCAGGAGCAGAAUGAAUGUUCCUUUCCGGAUUGGCAGCAUGAAGGGCGAUGAGGCCCUGGAAAAGAAAUUCCUUGAUCAAGCUACAGAAAACAACAUGCUAUCCCUGAAAGGGCAUAGAUCUGUGGGAGGAAUCCGUGCUUCUUUGUAUAAUGCUGUGACAAGAGAAGACGUUCAGAAGUUAGCAACAUUCAUGAAGAGCUUCAUGGAGAGGCAUCGGUCAUGAACUCUAAUUAAUUAGUGUUGCCCUCUUGGAAAUAAAAGUGUAAUGAAUUGGAA